AAUAACGCUGGAUUAAUUUAGGCAAUGGAAAACAAAUAGUUACAUUACAGUGGAGCAUUUCUUUUUACUUUUUUUAUUUAUUCAAGCAAAAUUACCGUAAAACAAACUUACGUACAUAUAAACAAAACUUCUAUUUUAAAAUACAGGAUGUCUAGUUCAGCACAUUCCUUGCACCAAAGAGCUGGUAAAAAAACAGUGCUAAAAAUUGACAAAGAAAAUAAUAAUGUUACUACUCAUCCAGUAAUCAAAUUGAAAUCACAAGUUGCUGCAAAACCAAGCAAUGAAACAAAGGUGAAAAAUGAAAGUGCUAAGGCUAGGCUGUUGCCUAAGCCUGUCCUUAUAUCCAGUAAGUUGGAAGUCAAUAUGACAAGUUCCGGUCAUGCUGGAAAAGGUAGUACAAAAGACAAGCUGGAGCAAAAGGGUGUAAACAGUCCCUUAAAAUCAGUUUCUAAAGCUAAAAUGGCAUCAAAUUCAGCUGCGAAGGAAGGGUCAGAAAAAGAAUCAAAACCACAGAAAGUGUCAAGACCAAGAACUUCAUCUGCCGCCAUGUUUUUGGGCAAAACUGCUGAUGGGCUUGCUUCGUCACCUCGCAAAUCCCAAGUUCAUGAUUCAACCCAUAUUAACCAAAACAAGACCUUAAUGAACGCAACUGCCCAAUCUCCUAAGCAACGUAAAGCACCACCAAGUUCAUCAAAAAAAGUUGUAACACCAGGAAGACCAAUCUCUGCUCCUGUUACUGGUAAAAGCCCGUUAUUGCACCUUCCAAACAAAGUUACGUUUGAUACAGCCGCUGCGUCUAGCCCAAGUUAUAAGAAAAUCCCUAAAGAUGUUGUUCGGCAUGCUGUGCAUAAUCUGCAGGAGUCAACUGGUAAACCAAACCUUGUGAAAAAAGAAACGGAAGUGAAUUCUGCUGUGAAACCUGUUCGCAAAAGCUUAAUCAGUGUGUUUGAUCAAAAGUCAUUCGGUAACCUGAGUAGAAGGAAAAGUCGCCAAUCAGUAUGCUUGGAAGAUGUAAGUGCAAAAGAUUUCAGCGUCACUGUUGCUGUGAGAGUACGACCCUUUAGUCAAAGGGAAAUAGAAGAGGAAUCAAAGCAAGCAGUUUACAUGAAUGGCAAUGAAACUGUGGUUAAAGAUGGCGCAACAGAACAUGCGUUUGUGUACGACUAUUCAUUCUGGUCAACAGACAAAAAGAAUGGUGAGUUUGCAUCACAAAAAGUAGUGUAUCAGAAAGUAGCCAAGCCCCUAUUAAGCGCAGCAUUCGACGGAUACAAUACUUGUUUGUUUGCUUACGGACAAACAGGGAGUGGGAAAUCUUACACCAUCAUGGGUUUGGGUGAAGACAGUGGAUUAGUCCCAAGAUUUUGCGACGAGAUGUUUUCUACUGCUCGUAAAAAGUCACAGCGACAGAAAAAUAUAAGCUACCACAUCCAAGUGAGUUAUUUUGAAAUAUAUAACGAGAAGAUUCAUGAUCUGUUGACUUCAUCUGCUAACUCCAACUCAGUAGCAGACGUGGAUAAUGCUGCUGCGAAACCAAAUUUGCGUGUGCGAGAACACCCAGACCAUGGCCCUUAUGUUGAAGGACUUUCAAAUUUCAUUGUUACAUCGUUCAAUGAUGUCCAAGCAUGGUUGGAGGUCGGUAAUCGACAACGAGCGACUGCUGCUACGGGGAUGAAUGAUAAAAGUAGUCGCUCUCAUUCAGUGUUCACCAUUACUAUGGAAGAAACAACAGUCGAGGAUUUGGAAGGCCAGAAACAUGAAACAGUGAAGAGAAGUUUAAUCAACUUGGUAGAUCUUGCUGGAUCUGAACGGUUGUCUAAGUCAGCUACUAGUGGCCAACGAUUAAAGGAAGGGGCGAGCAUCAACACAUCUUUACUAACAUUGGGAAAAGUGAUCUCAGCUUUAUCAGCUCGAUCUAAACUUGCUGUAAAAAGAAGGAAACAACUUUUCAUUCCUUAUCGAGAUUCUACGCUUACAUGGAUACUUCGUGAGAGUUUGGGUGGUAACUCACGCACAGCCAUGAUUGCCACCAUCAGCCCUGCUAAUGUUCAUAUUGAGGAAACACUAAGCACAUUACGAUAUGCUAAACAAGCUCGUACCAUUGUUAACUUGGUAAAGGUUAAUGAGGAUCCUAAUGCAAAAGUUAUUCGAGAGCUGAAAGCUGAGAUCCUGAAGUUGAAAGAGGCGUAUCGUCAAACGGAGAUUGCUCCUGAGGAGUACCAGGCAUCACUACGGGAGGUUGCGGCUCUUCAGCAGAGGUUGAGUGCAGCGGACCAAGAGAAGAUGGAGGUACAGGAGCAAUGGAGGAGGAGGUUGGAGCAAAGUGAGAAGAGGAAAGCUGAGGAGAUUAAUGAACUCAAGAGAGCAGGUGUGUCGUUCAAAGUUGACAACCGACUUCCAAACCUCGUCAACUUGAAUGAAGACCCCCAACUAUCCGAGUUGUUGUUGUAUAUGAUUAAGAGGGGAACUACAAGUGUUGGACAGAAAGGUGGUGAAUGCGACAUCCAGUUAUCUGGUGCCUUGAUAGCAGACCAUCAUUGUAAGAUAACUAACACCAAUGAGAAAGUAUCAAUCCAACCAAUAGCUGAUGCAAGGACGUAUGUGAAUGGAGAGCUUAUAACUAACCCUGUCACUUUACACCAUGGAGACCGAGUGGUAAUCGGAGGUGAACAUUUCUUCCGACUGAACAACCCAAUUGAGAUUAAGUCUGGCAUGAAGAAGAGAGGGUCAGGGGAGAGAAAGGACUUUGAGUUCGCUAAGUCCGAGCUCAUACAGAUACAAAAUGACAGAAUGCAGGCGGAGAUGGAAGAAGCUCAACUUCGAUCGAAACGUGAAAUGUUACGCGAGAUUGAAGCUGCUAAGCAUGAAGCUGAGGUGGAAAUAUCAACACAGAGGAGUCAGUUUCAAUCAGCCAUAGAUAACCUGCAAGCCCAACUCAAAGCUGGCAAGCGAGUCCAACAGGAGCUGGAGACGAUAAAAGAAGAGAAAGAGUCGCUUGAGAUGAUGGUGAAUGCUGGGAGGAGGAAUAAAGAGAUGGAGGAAAAGAUGUUGGAAGAACAAAGAGAGACCUGCCACAGUAGAUUGAAAGCUCAAGUCCUCGCAGAUUUAGAAGAAGAAUCUCGUAAACUAGCACGAGACAUGGAAAGGCUGCAGAAUAAAACUAAGACAUUCAAGAUAAUUGACAGCCCAGUGAUUGCCAGUCAAUCAUCUAGCCCACUACGUAUCUCACUCCUUCUACAAGAAGCUAACAACAUAAGUAGAAAGUGGAAGAAAGAAACAAACUUUAGCAGGCAUGAUGUAGAGAAAGAUGGGGAAACUGUUAUUAAUAUUAAAGUUGAGAAUAGGAAGUUGGGGAUUUGGACGAUGUGGUCGGUUGAUAAACUAGAGGAGAAGUUGGAUAUGAUGAGGGAGAUCUAUAAUGAUGCAGGGGUGGAUGGAGGAAGGGAUGGGGAGACAGAGAAUAUCUUCUAUGAUCCUAAAGAUGAGUGGCAGGAGGUUUAUAAUCCAGAGAUAACCGACACCCCCACCUCGAACCGUCGCACUUCACGCAAGUUAAAACGUCGUUUAUCUUCCCUUGUACUUGCACGAGCUUCCCCCAACCUCCAGCAAUCCCUGAUGAGAUUACAUAAGGAGCAGAAUUCAUCAAUUGCUCAACACAGUCCCAUUGAUGCAGCCUUCAUUGUGGAGCUUUGUAAAAAACAAAUAGAUGAAGCUGUGUUAUGCAUUGAGCAACACACAGACACACACAUGGAUAAGAUGCUUCUUUCACUCGAACAAAUCAAGUCAAUCACUCAAAAAAUACAACACAAGUUCCAGGAAGAUGAUGAUUACUUCAAGUCCGCAUUAUACCCUGAGCAUUGUUUAAAUCUAAGCCAACAUAUAAGUAACGUGGUGUCUAUAGUUGGCUUCAUACACCACCAUACUAAUGUUGUAUGCGUUACUUCAUCAUCGUUAUCAACACUACUCAUGCAACUUCAAAAGGCUACGAAGAAAUUGACCAACAAUAUUACGAGGCUUUUGCAUGGUUGCCACAAUGACAUUCAACAAAUUGUGACCGAGUCAACCACGAACAUUAUUCAACUACUGCCGAAUAUUUCCAAAUAUUGUGGAGCUGUUGCCAUUGCUGCUAACAUGCAAGUGUCGCUGUUUACUGAGAACCACCAGCAGAACUUAAGCCAUCGAAUCAAACGAGCAUUCUUACAAGGUGGGGAUACUUUCAUGAGGAAAACUUUGUCGGGUGGGAUCGAAAAACUUAAAAGGGUGAAAAAGUCAAAGCUACCAGAUGAAGGAGGAGACAUGCUUGGUAAUCUGACAGAAGCUGUCAAGAAACUUUUACAAUCUUGUCUGGAUUUGCAGGAGGAAUUAUAUGAGGUUUCCAUGCAUGCGCAUGAAACUGACGUGCCACCCCAUUAUUAUAAACAAUAUCUACAUUGGACACAAAGCCUUAUUGCUGAAGUUGGUUCCUUGAUUAGUGGAGUAUCACAGCUUAAUGCAAAGCAUAAAGAUGAAACUGGUUCCCACACUGAUGAUUUACGACAUCGCUCUGAAUUAUUGUGGCGACCUACUUCACGUAUUGCUGAGUUAUGUAUGCAAAGUGAUGGUUUAUCUGCUGCAGUGCAUGAAAUGAAGUACAGGGCAUCUUCUAACAGUAAUAGCAACAACAACAGUAAUAGAUCAAGUGAAGACCAAGACACUGAUGACACAGAGUGUGACAGCUUACGAAAAGCAGUCCAAGCUACAGCACGAUCUGUGCACGAAACCCUGCGUGAGAUUAUCGACUUUGCUGAUGCUUCAAAUUCUACGUUCAAUACUGCUAAUGAAUCUGGAAUUACCCAGAGAAGUGACAGUCAAAGAAAUCGUCGCAAACGAAUAUUACCAACAAGCCCAUCACUGUUAUACGCAGAUGACCUUUCAUCAUCAUUGGCUGUUAAAAACACUGUAACUAACUGGUUACAAGCAGCUGACACAUGUACAAGCAUACAUAUGGAUGAUCUGCUUAAAAGUACAAGCUCGGUUUAUGUUUGAUCCAAUCAUUUGACCAGUUUUACUGGUACCUCAUAUUUAAUUUAAUGCAGUCUCGCAUUACAGUCAUAUAAGUUUCAUAUUAUUCUUCUGGAUUUUUUCUUUGAUGUAUUAUUAUUACCCACUAGUAAAUAGGCUUACAAUUUCUUUAAUCCUGCCGCUAUUGCACAUGCUACUGCCAAAGAACACUAACUAUGUUGUUCUUUGUACUGCUACAAUCAAAGUGUGAGUUGCAGUUUGAUUAGCUGUGGGCAAGUAAUUGAAAAUGCGUCAUUUUCGUAAGGGUGCGUAUGUAGUUCAAGCAUAUUUGUAGUGACUGAAGCGUGUUUAAUUAUUUAUAUAACUACGUUGCACAGUGUUGGUGUCGGUUUGUCUCACAAAAAGAUAUGCGCAUUAUUAAAAGGUUGCUAAUAUUCG